AUGACGACGUUUCUGUCCUGUGUGCGUACUGUCUACAAUACGCAGAAUGUGGACCGUUCUGUGUACUUAAUUGUGAAUUGCAGCGAUGGAAAGCACAUCGAGGUGCCCAAGGCAGUUGCUACCAAAUGCAAGUUCAUUGAACCGGUCGAUGACGAAAGCAUUGCAGAAUUUGAGUAUCCGGCAGCAGUUCUUGAAAACCUCGUCUGCUGGACAGAGAAGUAUGGGAUGGAUGGUGUUGCAGAAAGCGAGAUUGCGCGCCCUUGUAUUUACCGAAACAUUCUCCACGUGCUGAAGUCCAAGUGGGAUGCAGGUUACUUCGAGUCGCGUGUAACGAAUGAUCUGGCCAUUGGAUUCUGCCUUCAGACAAUCAACGCCGCUGAGAAGUACAAUAUGAAGGGUCUGGUUGAUUUCCUCUGCGUCGGCUUGUGCUGCAAAUUCCGGAGUGAUGAAGAAUCCGAACUCAUUCACAAGUUGAUGGGACUGCCAGAAACCGUCGAAAUCACACCGGAGGACCUGGAAAGCGUGAACAGUCGCUAUUCAUGGUUUAAUGAAGCCAUUGAACCAGUAGUAAGGAAAUAA